UGACGCGGCCAAGAGCAUUUUCGUCCUCCCCAUAUAUGUAUACACAUAUCUAUAUGCAUGUGUAACUGUGUAUGUAGAGAGAGAGAGAGUGUAUCUUGGUGUCUACUUCAACUAACCUUCAAGGCUUUCCCUAUUUCCCAAGCAUUCUAAUGGUCUUCUCCAUUUACUCCCAAAACAUCUACAUACUCGCAUUUUUUUUUUCGAUUGAACGAAACAGAUAACCAUUUGAUAUGGCUCUUCUCCGGUGGCUCCACUGCCUCUUUCUGAUCUUCUCCAUAUGGGUUUCAACCCUCGCUACCACCCAACCCAUGCCGCCGCCGCCGCCACUCCGCUGCAACCAAACCCACUGCACACUCUCCAACUCCUACGGGAUCUGGGGCGACCGAACCACCUGCCACUUUCCGCCCACGGUCUUCCCAACAACCGAGGAGGAGCUCCGCCAGGCAGUGGCCAACGCAACCAGAAACAACCUGAAAAUCAAAGUGGUGACCAAAUUCUCACACUCCAUCCCUAAGCUGGCCUGCCCGGAUUCAAUCUCGAUGGUCAUAAGCACCGAAAACUACAACUCCAAGAUCAAUGUUGACGCCCAGAACCUGGCGGUGACGGCGGAUUCCGGCGUCGGGCUCCGGGACCUGAUCGAUGCAGUGGAGGAGAAGGGGCUGAGCUUGGCGGCGGCGCCGUACUGGGAAGGUGUUUCGGUGGGCGGAAUGAUAAGCAGUGGGGCUCAUGGCAGCUCUUGGUGGGGCAAUGGAGGAGCUGUUCAUGACCAUGUUGUUGGGCUCAGCCUUGUGGUUCCUGCAAAAGAAUCUCAAGGGUUUGCUAAAGUUAUCAGAUUGGGAGCCCAACAUCCUCUUCUUAAUGCGGCCAAAAUUUCUUUGGGAAUUUUAGGUGUCAUCUCUAAGGUGACAUUCGCCCUGGAGCGAGGGUUCAAGAGAAGCAUAGCCUACAAUUUCACAGAUGAUUCAGCCAUAGAGAAUGAAUUCUUGGACCAUGGCAGGAAACAUGAAUUUGCAGAUAUUGCCUGGUACCCAUCAAGACAUACUGCUAUAUACAGAUAUGAUGGUAGAGUUCCUUUAAAUGCCACCGGUGAUGGAGUGAAUGAUUUCCUUGGCUUUCAGUCCAAUUCCAUUCUGGUUUCUGAAUCAAUUAGAGCAGCUGAGAAAACACUGGAAAAUACCAGAAACGUGAAGGGAAAAUGCACCCUGGCAUCAUCGUGUCUGGCGUACAAGAAACUGGUCGCCAAUGGGCUGAAGAACAACAUCAUGUUCACCGGCUAUCCGGUUGUCGGCCGCCAAGGAAAGAUGCAAACGUCCGGUUCUUGCCUCUACUCGCCGUCGGCAAGAAUCGACACCUCCUGUUCUUGGGACCCGAGAAUCAAAGGCCUGUUUUUCUACGAAUCAACGGCCAUUUUCCCGGCUUCGAAGUUUGCAGACUUCGUGCUUGACGUAAAGUCUCUGAGAGACCUGAACCCAGAAAACUUCUGCGGAGUGGAUAUCUACAACGGCUUUCUAAUCCGUUUCAUCAAGGCUUCCAAGGCAUACUUAGGACAGUCCGAGGAUUCAGUGGUUGUGGAUUUCAACUAUUAUCGAUCCAACGACCCGUUGAGCCCUAGGCUGAAUCAAGAUGUAUUGGAAGAAGUGGAGCAAAUGGCGUUCUUCAAGCAUGGGGCUAAGCCACACUGGGCCAAGAACAGGAACCUGGCGUUCUUGGAUGUGCAUAACAAGUAUCCAAACUUUAGCAAGUUUCUUGCUGCUAAGAAGCAACUGGAUCCUUUAAAUGUGUUUUCUAGUGAAUGGUCUGAUGAGAUAUUGUUUGGGAAGGAUGUGAAUAGAGAAAAUGGGUGUGCUUUGGAAGGGCAAUGUGUGUGUUCAGAGGACAGGCAUUGCAGCCCUGAGAGAGGGUACUUUUGCCACCCUGGGCUUGUUUACAAAGAAGCAAGAGUUUGCAGGCAUAGGGCCAAUGAUGCCUCCAGUGAAGCUUAGUUAAGGUAUUAUCGAUUUUAUGAAUGAUAUGUUAAAUGCAAUGAAGCAAAGUUAAUGUGGACA